AUGUUAAUAUUUAGUAGUAAUAGUAUAUAUAUACAUAUGAUGGCUCUUUGUAAAAGAUUCUAUAGUUCACAAUAUUUUAAUGUCAUGGAGAAAACUUUUAAUAAAGUUAAACAAAAGGGUUCAACUAGACCAUAUUUUUAUUUGGCAACUAGCAUGGGUACCAUUCUUGGAACAUGGGGGAUAUUUAUGAAAUAUAAAUCAAAUAAAGAUAGUGAAAUUAGAAAUAUUUAUGAAAAGGAAAGAAACUUGUGA